UGCUUUUAAUGAUUACGAUUAAUCAAAUAAAAUAUUAUAAUACAGAAAAAUUAUUUUUUUGAAAUGGCACCGCUGUCGUAGGAAGUGUAAUUUUAAUAGUGACCUUCAAAAAGAAUUUUCGUUUAUGAAGUCUACUUCAAAUUCAACUAUAAAAAAGCAUAUGUAGCAUAUAUAGCAUUGUUUAUUGUGAAAUAUGUAAACGUGAAGUCGAUAUAUCGAAUAGCGGUUGCAGUAAUAUUAAUACACGUUUAAUCAAAAAAAAAAACAUAAAUUGGCUCUAAAGGCUGCUUUAUUGAGUGGAAGGUGAUGAAAUGUGUUAUGAAGUGUUUAAUAAGUUGAAAACAGAUCAAAUGUACUUAAAAAAAUGCAUAGAUUUCAAAAAUAUUUAAAAUAUUAAUAUUUAUUCCCAUUAUAAGUUAGUUAUUAAAUACAUUAAGUAGAAACCAGUAUUCAUGUUUCAACACGAUUCAUGAUACUCUUUAUUGAAUCCAUGAAGAUUAGAAAUAAUCUUCAUGAUUGAAUCAUAAUUCAUAAAAUAGUCGAGUGGAGCAGCAGUACUACAUAUUAACAAGUAUACUAUUAUCAUACCAGUUUCAAUGUGCAGCAAUGGACGACAUGGUAGUAAAAAGUGUGACUGGACCUGUACUGGAACAGAGGGUUUGGAAAAUUAUCAUAGUGGGUGACUCGAACACUGGUAAGACUUCUAUCAUUGAACGGUACUGUGACAAGCAUUUCAUCGAAUAUUAUCGACCUACAACAGGUAUUGAUUUAAAAAAGAAAACUAUCAAUUUCGAGAACAAAAGCAUCGUUUUAAAUGUUUGGGACACAGCUGGAACUGAAAAAUAUCAAUCUUUAAUUCAGUUGUACUACAGAGGAGCAAUGGGAUUAUUUAUUAUCUACGACGUUACAAAUUUAAAUUCUUUACACAACUUGGACAUAUGGAUGAAAAAUAUUAAUGAUUUUGCUCCUUCACAUGUGAUAAAAAUUUUGAUUGGUGCUAAAUGUGAUAUGGAAUCAAACAGAAUGGUGUCGACCGAAGAAGGGAAACUGGUAGCAAAACAUUUUGGAAUACCCUUUUUUGAAGUAUCUUCUAAAAACCAUAUAAACAUAGACGAUUCAUUUUUGAGAAUGGUUUCUAUGAUAAACGAGAUGGAGUCUGAAAAUACUAUUAAAAAGGAUUUUGUGAUCUUAGAAGACAAACCAACAGUUUGUGACAUUGACAACCCAUCCAAAUGUAACUGUUGAUUUGAUAUGAUAACAUUUUAUAAAAUGGUUUGAUUAAAUGUAUACUUAAGUUUUACUUAUUAAUUAUUAUUAUUACAUAUAGGUAUUCUAUAGAAAUACAUUUUAUAUUUUUCCACACUGAUCAAUUAAAAUUGCUUUAUGAUA